AUGGACCCCGCCGGCCUCCUCCUUCGCGAGGCCACGCGGGGGUUCGCCGCGGGCGCGGCGGCGUGGGGCGCGGCCUGGGGUGCGCAGUGCCCGUCUUGCCCUGCGUGCCCCUCGUGCACGUGCUCCUGCGAGCCGCGGCUGGCGUGCCCAGGCGGCUCGGUCUCCGAGGUCCAGCGGCCAGAGCUGCUGGGGGCCAGCAUCGCCUGGCUGGUCAGCGUGGCCGUGGGGGCCGCCGCGGGCUGGGCUUUCAGCAGGUGGAGCAGCGCUGCUCCAUCCUCGGCCCCUGCGCCGCCGAGCGCGGCCGCGGAACCUGCUCCAGCAGCGCUGGAGACGCCGACCUCUGCAGCGCAGCUGGCGGCGGCGCAGGAGAUGGCGAUGGCGGCCGUGCACCCCGUUGCCGCGCUGGGCCUUCAGGAGGGGGACUUCAUCCUGGUCGAGUACGCGGGAUACCCCAACGUGUUUCACGAGCGCUUGGUGGUGCUCGCUCCCGACGGCUCUAGCCUCACCUGCACCCUCACGCCCGACGACGACAGCUAUGAGGAGGAUCUCUUCUCGGCCGCGGAGGUGCGGCGCUGGCUUCCCUGUGUUGGCGGGCGCAUGGGCGCCUACCCGCCGGCGGCCGCAGGUAUGCACGUGCACGGCUUCAGGGGGGUACCUUCGCCCGUGCGGGUCGCGCAGGUGCUGGCGGCUGCAGCGGCGCGGCUGGGGAUCCAGCUAGGCGCGGGCGAUGCGGUGACGCCCAACCUGAUUGGCAUGCCGCCCGCUGGGAUGCUGGUCGCUGGACCGCCUGCUGUGCCCGCGCCCGCGGGUGGUGCCCCCGCUGUGGCGGCCGGAGCCGACGCGCGCAUCCAGCCGGUCACCUACGACUUGCAGGGGCAGCGGCACGCGGACUUUCGCACGGCGGUCAUGGGCAUGUCGGAGGGGGCCUUCCCUGACUGGCCAGUCAGAGGCCCCAGGACGGCGCUGUGGGUCCUCAAGUUCAUGGAGGCCCACGGAGGCACUCCGACGGGGCGCCACUCACGGUGGCUGUCGGAGACGCGUCUGCAGGGCCAUGAGCCAGGCGUCGACGAGCACGAACGGGCUUGCAGGACGCUCGAGCGCAUGGUGAUCUACGACCAGCUCAACGUGGCGAACCUCGCCUCAGGCGAGAUGCUAGCCAGGACCGUGCAGCUCCAGGAGGAGCGCUACAGGGAUCGAGUCGCCCCGGCAGUCGACUCAGGGAGCCUCGACGCCCACGUGCUGAUGGGCGCCGACCAGCUUCGCGGUAACGUGUGCGUGGCGCCGUUGCUGCAGGACCACAUCAAGGACGAGCUCACGAAGAUGAACGCUUACCGCAAGGGGCAGCGCAAAGCCAGAGAGGAGCGCGACUUGGCCCGCAAGAACAAGAAGGGGACCAAGGGCGACAAGGGCUCUGGCAAGGAUGACAAGUAG